GUUCCUUCAGAAUGGGCAGUCUCCCCUCAGAUGCAUCUGGACAACAGCAGCAUCGGGUCAUGGAGAAGUGUCCCUAGCUUUACCAACACAUGUACGCGGAGGUAGCAGCUUCUUUCGGUGGAGAACACUCGCUUGUCCGGUUUUUGUCCGCGGGAUUGGCGUCCUCAAGCGCACCGACUCAGACCAUCAGCUCCACCAGAACCCGCAGGGCGCCGUGAGAGCACCGGGCCAGCGUGGGCUUCGUACGCACCGCAGAGAAGAUGAAUAUCCAGGUUCUGCCAGAACACAAGCUCUCGUCGGUGGCCCCGCUGAAACAGUGCAAUGUGGAGAAAAAAGAGGUAGAACUGAUACUGGUGAAGGACCAGAAUGGCGUUCAGUACACCAGUUCCAACAUCAUUCCCACCCCUGGCCGCCUCGCAGGUCCUCCAGGAUCCGGCGAGGACGACCGAGAAACUUGGGGCAAGAAAAUAGACUUUCUCCUGUCGGUCAUUGGCUUCGCGGUGGACCUGGCCAAUGUUUGGAGAUUCCCUUACUUGUGUUACAAAAAUGGAGGAGGAGCCUUUUUGAUCCCAUACAUUCUUUUCUUGGUCAUUGCGGGGAUGCCAUUGUUCUACAUGGAACUUGCCUUGGGCCAGUACAACAGGGAAGGGGCAGCUACAGUUUGGAAAAUUUGCCCUGUCUUUAAAGGUGUGGGCUACACUGUGAUCAUCAUAGCCCUGUAUGUUGGAUUCUACUACAAUGUCAUCAUCGCCUGGUCCCUCCACUAUCUGUUCUCCUCCAUGACCACUGAGCUGCCGUGGCUCAAAUGUGGCAACAUCUGGAACAGUGAGAACUGCACUGACCCCAAAGCUAUCAACGGAUCCAUCAUCGGCAAUGGAACGUCUUACGCCAAGUACAAGAUUACUCCAGCGGCAGAGUACUAUGAACGGGGUGUGCUGCAUCUCCAUGAGAGUAGGGGUAUCCACGACCUGGGCCUGCCUCGCUGGGAGCUGACCCUGUGUCUGGUCGUGGUGGUCUUCAUCCUGUACUUCAGCCUGUGGAAAGGUGUCAAGUCCUCAGGAAAGGUGGUGUACAUCACAGCUACCAUGCCCUACGUGGUUCUUUUCGUUUUGCUAAUCCGAGGCAUAACUCUGCCGGGGUCUAUGGAUGGUAUCAGGGCCUACCUCCACAUCGACUUCAAGCGGCUCAACAAUCUAGAGGUGUGGAUUGAUGCAGCCACCCAGAUAUUCUACUCACUGGGAGCAGGAUUUGGGGUGCUCAUUGCAUUUGCCAGUUAUAACAAAUUUGACAACAACUGCUACAGGGAUGCUCUCUUGACCAGCACUGUGAACUGCGUCACCAGUUUCUUCUCAGGGUUUGCCAUCUUCUCUGUGCUUGGAUACAUGGCUUACAAACAUAAGGUGAAAAUAGAGGAUGUGGCAACAGAGGGGGCAGGGUUGGUGUUCAUCAUCUACCCUGAGGCAAUUUCUACACUGCCUGGCUCAACAUUUUGGGCUAUCGUGUUCUUCAUCAUGUUGCUGACUCUGGGUAUUGACAGCUCGAUGGGAGGCAUGGAGGCAGUCAUCACGGGUCUGACAGAUGACUUUAAGAUCCUCAAGAGAAACAGGAAGAUCUUCACCUUUGCUACAGCCUUUGGAACCUUCUUGGUUGCUCUCUUCUGCAUUACCAACGGUGGGAUCUACGUUCUGACACUGUUAGAUAAGUAUGCAGCAGGGACUUCGAUACUGUUUGGUGUGUUGAUCGAAGCCAUUGGAGUGUCAUGGUUUUACGGUGUGGACCGCUUCAGCGAGGACAUAGAGCGGAUGAUGGGCUUUAAGCCAGGUCUCUACUGGAGGCUGUGCUGGAAAUUUGUCAGCCCAGCUUUUCUGCUGUUUGUUGUAAUAGCCAGCACUGUGACAUCUUCAGGCCUGAAGUAUGAUGACUACGUAUUUCCUAACUGGUCUAACAUAGUUGGCUGGGGUGUGGCCAUGUCAUCCAUGCUGUUUGUCCCUUGCUAUGCCAUAUAUAAAUUCUGCAGCGUACCAGGAACAAUCAAACAGAGGAUAGCCUAUUGCAUCACUCCAGAACAUGAACAUCAUUUGGUGGCUGAGGGAAAUAUACGCCAGUUCACACUCAAGCAUUGGUUGGCCAUCUGAUGACAAAUAUCAAGAAUUCCCUCAUCCAUCCUCACAUGUGGUGUUUGGACUUCCUUUGUGCCAACAGUGGUCGGACAGACAAUGAGAGCAACAGGCUCCCACCUCUCUCAGCAGUCUGCCUCUUCUCCCUGUACAUUUACAGCAAAGGCCUUUGUUAACAGUAGCUUCAAGCACUUUGAUUUUAGAGUUAUGCCUGUUAACAUUUUGAAACCAUUCUAAAGCUUCAGCCCAUGGGAAGGAUGUGCUGUUAUUUGACCAUAGACGUUGUUGUUUUUUAUAUACUCUUUAAAUUAAUCAUGACUUUAGUUAUUUUUAUAUUUUUUUUCGAUGUGACUAUUAUCUCCUGGAAGGGACAUAAACUUAAAUUAAAACCAAAACAAUCCUUUUAUCCUGUGUUUUACUAUACAGGGGACCCUUAAAUUUAAUUUCCUUUUACUUUUUUUAGGCAUAUGAGUGGUUAGUAUUAGAUUAAUAUUGGAAGAAAGUCUCUUUUCUCGCCGUUCUGUUGGCAGAGUGGCUUAUCUGUGUCAGUGCCUUAUCAAGUGAGACACUCCAUGUUUCUUACAGUCCGUACAGGAAGAACAGGAAGAAAUGAUAAAACUGUGUUGACUCAGGAACCCACCAAAUCAAGCCACAGUUUGUGGAUGGCCAUCUCUCGAUUUGAUUCAGUCCUUUAAUACUUAAGUCAAACAGCUGAGGGUCAGCAGUGCAUCAAGGUCAAGCUCCUUAGCAAAGAUUAUAUUAUACCAGGCCUGAUAUAAUGCUUUUGUGUCACAUUCUGUUACAGAAAAGGGAAGAAUGCAUUCAUCACUCCAAAGCUUUAAAAGAACUGAGGCAGGCUUCAUUCACCUCUUGUAUUUUAAAAGGCCAGUCUCAUGACCAGGCCUUAUUCUCAAAGACCAGGGCUGAAUCUGGUCAGUGCCUGGCUACUUACUGAAGGUGAACAAUUCAGCAAAACAAAUGGCGUAACUGUUACAGUUUUGUAUCAUUGUUGUGUUAGUUUUACUUGACUUUGUUUCUGUUCAGUGCUUUUGAGGAAUAUAUGUGGCUUUUCCUCAAAAGAGAGCGCAAGAGAGAUGAGAGAGAGUGAGAUAGUGAGUCUGAGUGUCUGGUUGUUUGUGUGUGUGUGUGUGUGUGUGUGUGUGUGUGUGUAUUGGGAUUUUGUUGCCAACCAUACAUUAUGGUGUUCAUGCAUAGUACAUGGAGGACUGACAACUCUCACUGCACUGUGUAUUAACUUAAAUGCAUAACAACUAUUAUAUUUUCAUCUGAAACAUAUCUUGUGAUGUUCCACUUUUUUAACAUAGAAGUGCCAAUGUGUUCCUUUAGGAAUGUUUUUUGAUUAUCUUAUUAUGUUUAUUUUAUUUAUUGGAAUGAAGUUUAGUUUCAACCAUAAAUCAUAACAGACCGUUAUUGAAAGGAAUAAAGCCACAAAGAAAAAAAAACAAAUAUAUGUGAAAUAUAUAAGAAGAUAUAAAAUAUAUAUAUAUAAAUAUAUUCUUUUGUUAUGUAUAAUCUUGUAUUUAUCAAAUUGUUUAUAACAAAACGUGAAUGUAAAGUAUUUUAAGCGUACCUGUCCACAGUCAUAACAUGGUGUUUGAUGUAUAGCUAAGACGAACUAUUUAGAGAAAAUAUUCUUCAGUGUAACCCUGGGCUACUGUGUCACAUGUGAAUGUGAACAAAUGCACCCUGGCUUUCCUGGACUAUGUUUACAAAAAUACUGUGUACAAUACCAAUGUCCUGUUGAACGUGAGUGACAACUAUCUAUAAAGAAGUCUGAAGUAUUCGCAUUAUGAUAAUAAAGAAUUUCUUCUACACA